AUGUCGCAUGAAGGAAUAAAGACAGUAAGAGUAGACAACCGUUGUGAUUUCUCAAGCUAUUCAGAUCUCUGUAUUUGCGUCGUGACCUGGAACAUGAAUGGCCAGGUCACCUACGAAGAUUUGGCAGAGCUGGUUGGGAACAAUCGGAAGUUUGAUCUUCUGGUUGUAGGUCUGCAGGAGGUGCCCCGCAAAAAUAUUUCACGACUUCUACAGGCAGCGCUGCUUGACUCUCACAUCUUGUUGGGAAAAUCCAUCAUGCAAUCUAUACACCUCUAUGUGUUUGGGCUAAAGGACUCAGAUUUGUUCACCAAAGAAGUGAAGAUUGAUAAGAGUCCAGUAGGGGGCUUGGGAGGACUAAUUAGGAGAAAGAAAGGCGCCGUGGCAAUCCGCCUUAACUACAAAGGCAUUACAAUGGUGUUCAUCUCUUGCCAUCUCUCUGCUCAUGCUCAGAACGUGGAGAAGAGGAAUUCUGAAUUCAGAAACGUAUCUGAAUCUCUUUUCUCUCAGAAACUGAACCCUUAUGCAAGACCUGCUCAAAUUACUGUCUGGUUGGGAGAUCUCAACUACAGGAUACAAGGGAUCGGCAACUAUCCCGCAAGAGAUCUCAUACACAAUGAUCUUCAGAGACUACUCACUAACAAUGACCAGCUCUUACAAGAGGCCGAGAGAGGACAGAUCUUCGAAGGUUAUAGCGAGGGCACAUUAACGUUUAAGCCCACAUAUAAAUAUAACAUUGGAAGCAGCAAUUAUGAUACAAGUUACAAGUUUAAUCUCGACGUACCUAACCUACGUACAGGUGAGAAUGCCAUCGUGGACGGAUCGAAUUUUGUUCAAAACACAAGACACGGAGGAAAUCCAUGCAACGUUGCAUUCGUAUGA